CCCGUGUUGUGCCGAGCCGCGGUGCGCGCGCCUUGGCCGGCAACCUGGCGCAUGCGCCCCUUGGAGCUGGCUGGCUGAGCUCGCCUCUGUGGACAGAGGGCGAAGGAGAGGGGACAGAGUUAGAGCAGGACGAGGAGGAGGAGGAGUUGUUGUGCCGUGAAGGGAAGGGCGGCGCGCGGCGGUUCCCUCUUUCUCCCCACCCCCAAUUCCCGGUGGCUGUGUCGGACGGGGCCGGGCCGAGUCAGCGAGAUGGUCAUGGCGUACUUUGUGGAGAGUUUCUGGGGGGAAAGGAACAAUGGCUUUGAUGUUCUCUAUCAUAAUAUGAAACAUGGACAUGUAUCUACAAAAGAACUAGCAGAUUUCAUAAGAGAAAGAGCUACAAUAGAAGAGGCAUAUUCAAGAUCAAUGACAAAGCUAGCCAAAUCAGCAAGCAAUUAUUCACAGCUUGGGACAUUUGCACCAGUCUGGGAUGUUUUUAAAUCAUCAUCAGAAAAAUUAGCAAGCUGUCACUUAGAACUUGUUCGGAAGUUGCAAGAACUAAUAAAAGAAGUGCAGAAGUAUGGAGAUGAACAACUAAAAGCUCAUAAAAAGACUAAAGAAGAAGUUUCAGGAACUUUGGAAGCAAUGCAAAAUAUUCAGAAUAUUACUCAGGCCCUUCAAAAAGCAAAAGAAAACUACAAUUCAAAGUGUGUGGAACAGGAACGUUUGAAAAAGGAAGGUGCAACACAGAGAGAAAUAGACAAGGCAGCAGUGAAAUCCAAGAAGGCUACCGAUACAUAUAAACUCUAUGUUGAAAAAUAUGCUGCAGCAAAAUCUGAUUUUGAACAAAAAAUGACCGAAACUGCACAGAAAUUUCAAGACAUUGAAGAAAUGCAUCUGUUCCAUAUGAAAGAGAUUAUAGAAUGUUUUUCAAAUACAGUCAAAGAAGUUCACUUACAAAUUGGCGAGGUACAUGAAGAAUUUAUAAAUAACAUGGCAAACACAACAGUUGAAAGUUUGAUACAAAAAUUUGCUGAGUCGAAAGGCACAGGCAAAGAGCGACCUGGACUUAUUGAAUUUGAAGAGUGUAAUACAGCCAGUGCAGUUGAAGGGAUAAAGCCUAGAAAAAGAAAGCAUUUUGUGUUACCAAUUAGUAGAAAGGGAAAAGAUGCAGAAUCUGUGGAAUGUCCAGAUGCUGAUUCAGUUAACAUUCCGGAUGUUGAUGAUGAAGGUUAUAGCAUUAAACCAGAAGCUAGUCAGAAUACCAAAGCGAACCACUUCUAUUCUUCAAGUGAUUCUGACUCUGAAGAUGAUGAACCAAGGAAGUUCCAUGUGGAAAUUAAGCCUGUACAGGCAAAUAGUAGUUCUCAUUAUACAAUGCCUUCACUGGAUGAAUUAAAAGAAUCAAUAGGGAACAUCACACUUUCACCAGCUAUAUCUCGUUGUUCAUUUUUGUUAUUUUUCAUCUAGGCACAAAUGAACCGGAAUUCAUCCAGUGAAGAAUUAACAAAAUCAAAGCUUUCUGCUUCAUCUAAUGAGAAGGGGAACAAUGACCUCCUGGCAUGGGAUCCACUCUUUAGGAAUUCUGGUGAUUCAGCCUCCCUGACUUCAACAAUGUCUUCAUCUUCAUCAGCAAGACCAACUACCCCUCUUUCUGUGGGUACCUUAGUGCCUCCUCCAAGACCAGCUUCUAGACCAAAGUUGACUUCAGGGAAACUCAGUGGAAUUAAUGAAAUUCCAAGGCCAUUCAGCCCUCCUUUGACCUCCAAUUCCAGCCCACCUCCUUCAGCUCCUUUGGCACGUGCAGAGAGUUCCUCCUCAAUAUCAUCUUCUGCUUCAUUAAGUGCAGCAAAUACACCUACAGUUGGUAUUUCACGUGGCCCUAGCCCUGUCAGCCUUGGAAACCAGGACACUUUGCCUGUUGCAGUGGCCCUUACUGAGUCUGUUAAUGCCUACUUCAAAGGAGCAGAUCCCACAAAAUGUAUUGUGAAAAUCACUGGUGAUAUGACAGUCUCAUUCCCAAGUGGAAUUAUUAAAGUCUUCACCAGCAAUCCAUCUCCAGCUGUGCUCUGCUUCAGGGUAAAAAACACAAGCAAACUAGAGCAGGUUCUUCCAAAUGCACAACUUGUAUACAGUGAUCCAUCACAAAGCGAUUCCAAUGUAAGAGAUUUUUGGAUGGACAUGCAAGCUGUUACAGUCUACCUCAAGAAGCUAUCAGAACAGAAUCCUUCGGCUUCUUACUAUAAUGUAGAUGUUCUAAAAUAUCAGGUAUCUUCAAAUGGCAUCCAAUCUACACCUCUGAAUCUUGCUACGUACUGGAAGUGCAAUAGUAACACUACUGAUGUAAGAGUCGAUUACAAAUACAACCCGGCCUCUAUGGCAGUGCCAACUAUGCUUUCUAAUAUACAGGUCAUGGUACCAGUUGAUGGAGGUGUAAUGAAUAUGCAGUCACUUCCUCCAGCAAAAUGGAAUUCAGAGCAGAUGAAAGCUUUAUGGAAAUUAUCUAGUAUUUCAGAAAAAUCAGAAAAUGGAGGCUCUGGCUCCCUCAGAGCCAAAUUUGACCUUUCAGAAGGACCCAGUAAGCCAGCAACACUUGCAGUGCAAUUUAUCAGUGAAGGAAGCACACUUUCAGGAGUAGACGUUGAACUAGUAGGCACUGGCUACCGGCUUUCCCUACUUAAGAAGAGAUUUGCCACUGGUCGAUAUAUGGCAGAUUGCUGAUGAGCCAGUGUGGGGGGAAAUGAGUUCUCUCAAUGAAUAGAAAUUCAUUAUUUUACUACCUUUCCAACACUAUUUUAACAUGCAUUUAUUUUUUUAAAAAUGUGUUGCUUAGUUUUUGAGUCUUAUAUCCAACAAAAAUGCACUUUCCAAAAUAAGUCAUUUAAAACAAACUCUAUUUUAUUAGCACUGAAGUGAACUCCAACACUAUCUGUAGGUGGUCAGCUGAAAUACUGGGAAACAAGAUUACGCAAAUGCUUAAUACUUAUGUAGCCUCAAAGCCAAAAUAGCAGUCAUUUCUGGUAUUUAAAAGGUGUGGUGCUUUGUGAUACCAAAAGCAACCACAUUAUUUUAGCUUUCUAUAAAUAUUACUGAAGUAUACUUUUUUCAGUUUCAAUAUUGCCAUUUCAUUUAAAAAAGUGGCAAAGUAAUUUUUGUUUCAUUCUUGUAUAUUCAUGUGCCAUAUCUGGUUAGAGAUACGUAUACAAAAUAACUUGAUUUUCAUAUACCAUAUAUAAUUAAGUGUAUAUUAUUUUAUAAAAGAUGGUUUUAAAAAUGUAAAGUGCAAUGUUUUUUUAAAAAAUUGCAACAGACAACAGAUAUUUACUUCUGCCAUUAGUUAACUUUAUGGGAGUUGUAAUUUUUAAUUAAUGCUGUAGAUUAAUUUAUUUUUAUAUGGAAUGUGUAACAUUUGUGCCUUUUAAAAACUGUGCCUAUCAAAAUGUCUAUAUGCCUCUUAUUUCUUUUUUUCAAUGUCUAGAUCUUCCAUACAGAAAAGCUGAUGUUUUUCUGUGUAAUAUGUACAACUACAUAAUUCCCUAAAGCAGGGAUUUGGAAGGGAAACUUCAAAUAACUCUAAAACAGCCGCUAAAAUAUUACAUUGCUUCCUUGUGGGUUGAAUGCAAUAAAUGCAGCCACUGUAAAGGGAACUGCUUGACUUUUAUAUAUUCACAGAAAAACAACUUGAUAUCAAAAUUCAACUUCAGUAUCACCAAAGAUGUGUAAAAUCCUGAAGGUGUGUUAAAUAAGUUUAAAACAAUUUAUACAAGAAUAAUUAUAGCAUUCCCUUUUGCUAACUAUAAAGUUUUGAAGUUUCAAGUGCUUUCAAAGGUGACAUGAAUGUAAAUGUAGUAGCUUUAGAGACGUAAUAUUUUUCAAUGUUUAUUUUGAGCAGAACAAAAAUUGUCAUUCAUGCUAAUUUCAACAAAAUUGAUAAACUUAGCAUUUGAAUGUUUGGAUUCAUCACUUUUUAAACACAGUGGCUCUAAACAUCAACAGAAGUGAUCUAGUGGGAUCAUUUUUAGCACAAAUUCAUACUUUUAAAGCUUGCUAUGUAUUGUGUUGUUAAGAACUUGUUAAAUCCUGAAAUAAAAAGUUAAGGGGGUGUGGAAUUCUGUGCACUUCUGAAUUGCAGUGUCUAGGGGGGAAAUGAUUAAAUAUAAAAAUGCUUAUAAAAUCAGUAUUGGAUUGACCAGUCAGCUUUAUAUAUAAAAUGUAGAUAUAUAAUGCUCUUAGCCACAAGUUUUGGAGAAUGGGAACACACUAUAAAGGCUGCAACUAGUGGCAAGUGCAUAUGUUAAUGCACGUGUUACAUAGAUUUCAAAGGAAUUUAUAUUCAAGCUGAGCCAAGUAUCCUGUCCUCCCCUCUCCCCCACUUUAAUCUCCUGCAAAAGGAGACAGAAUAUCAGAGAUUUUGGGGAGACAGGAACAAAAUUUAGGAACUUCUGGCUGGAGGAUGGGCUUGCGUUUCAAAGUGGCUGAAGGUUUUUUUUCAUUUUUAACAAACAGAAAAAUAAACUCUUUACUGCCAUUUCAAGUAGUGUUGCCCUGAGCAGUGUUCCUUUUGAAAUUAGAAACAGAAUGUCCUGUAAGAAUGACACACUGUCAUGACAUAGUGUUGUUCCCAGCAGCAGUCUUGAAAGGAAAAGAGGUGUCUGUCACCAUUUGUCAAUGAUAUAGUAGUUUCCAUGGGGUGUUCUGUCCCUAAUUUCAAAGGGAAGGCUGCCAAGCUGCUGAAGGCAACCCAGUUGCCUCUUGAACUGACAGCAAAGCUCCCCCCCCCUUAAAAUAAAAAUAAAAAUGCCACCUUCCGUUUAACGGUAAUCCCAUACCACAUACCCAAGAUUCUUUGAUUUCACCCAUUCUCUGAAGACCAGAUUAAUUUUGGGUGGGAGUCGUCCCCCACUGCCCUGCCUCCAAAAUGCUGAAAAAACUCUGGGCUGAAUAUGUUGGUCUAGUCAUAUUUUAUACAUUCAUAACUAAGUGUAGGGUUGCAGUCAAAAGAUUUAUAGCGAAUUAGUUUGCUUUUUAAACAUUUUGAUUGUUUUAUCAAAUCUUAACUGGGAUUUCAUUGCAGCAAUAUAUAUUGGAUUUUCAUAUUUAAAAAUGUUAGUCUUUACUGAAUUAUUACUAGAAUUUUUAAACUAAAACUGGCAUAAAUUGGCAUUUCAAAAGGUACAGUCUUUUACCAGAAUCUUAAUUGUAAUCUGCUAAUGCAAUCAAAACUGCUUGACCAGUUUAAUCCUUACUAUUGAAAUUCAGUUUAUUUUGUUUUUCAUUAUUAAUCAUGUAUUAUUUCUAAAUUCGUGGAAAAGCUAAGUUUCAGCACUUUUAAUCUAGCCUUAAUACCAAGUGUUCUCAAACACACAUUCGCAAAGAGUGCAGGUUACAAUUCUGAAGCCAUACAAGUUUAUUAGCAUAUUUGUAAAGAACUCUAGAAAUUGUAUAAAACCACAAAUAUCUGAAAAACUGCAUGUAGCAAGCUGGAUCUUGCUUCUUUAUAAAAGUGAUCCGUUUUAUAGCUGCCUCUUGACAGAAUUUGUAAACACAACUCUAAAGGGUUUUAGGUUUGUAUGAACUGUAAAUUAGAGCAAUAUAAAUCUCCUAGAAAAAUUGUAAAUACAUCUGAUCUUUCACAAAAUGUAAAAAAUAUUGCACCCCAUAAUAAACAUAUAAUAUAUAACUUAUAA